AUGUCCUGUUUCUACCAACAUGACCAAGGAGGACGCCCUCUCCACGAACAGCUAUACUAUGGGCAGCAGAACUUUGAUCAGAUAUCCAUUUCCUACAUUGACUCGUCAACAGCUCCAACCUCGUCCGCCCUAAUCGACCCAAGUCACGUAUCUUACUCUCAAGCCUCAUGGGCCCCGAACCAAACUCAUCAGAUCCAACAAUAUAUGGAUGGGCCACCAACAGCAUUUUUCGUCCCCCAGAACGCCCAGGUCCUGCAUGGCCUAGCCUCUCCGGCCCAAGAGCAGAGUGUCUCACCUCCAGCCUCACAGCGAAGGCAUGGAUCUCCCUGCUCUCAGCAGACGCUAUCAAGCAGUAGUUCCAACAGUCCACCUACGGAAAGCGACGUUCUCCCCGCAACUCCCCCAGACUGCUCUGCCACUUCCCCCUUCAUGCCACACAAGCAAUACAUUGGUGACUGGGAGACCCAGCAAUACCGAUCCCAUACACUGCUUGGCCUUGGCAUGCAGGGAACCUCCUUUGUCAACCCUCACGAGGUGAACAUCUCGCAAGCCAUAUUCGAGAACGAGAUCACCCCGAAUGCUUUCGACAACGGCCGGACCUUCAGCUUCUGCUCUUCAGACUCUGAUGUGCCGAGCAUCCCGCUACAAUCGGCUUUCUCGUCGCGACAUAUUACACCUGAAGCCCCCGAAGAAAUCGCAAAGCAGGAGAUUCCCAUGGUUGAGUGCUCGUACCAACAGAGCUACCCUGACACGAAUAGAUGCGAACAGAGUCCCUUUGAGUCCGAAAUCGGGGCCGAUGUUUGCAUCGAAGACAACGAGGAUCUUGACUACAAGCCCAAGCAACAUACUCGGAAGCGUUCCCGUAGCACCAAUGUAAGAGCUAAGGCGCAAAAUCCCGACUCACCUCAGGAGAGAAAGAAAACAAGGAUCAACAGAAAUACCGGUGGCCUGUCCUCAAAUCGGCUCAACGCGGCCUUCUCAUCUACGCGAAGCUCCAAGAUUCUUUGCGACGAAUGCAAGACCUCCUUUUCCGACGAGAACGCGUACCAGAAGCACAUGAAGCAACACCACACCCGCCCCUUCGUAUGCGUGUUUGAUUAUGCCGGCUGCCCAUCCACCUUUGCCAGCAAGAACGAAUGGAAACGCCAUGUAAGCUCACAGCAUCUCGCCCUCCAGUACUGGCUCUGUAUCCAGGAUGGUUGCUCCAAGACCACCAAUCCUCCGACCAGUCGACGUUCCUCUUCUUCCUGUUCUACCAUGCCGACACCACCUGCUUUACCCAACGGCGCCAUCUUCAACCGCAAAGAUCUUUAUACCCAACAUGUCCGUCGCAUGCACGUUCCUCCUCAUGUCCGAAAGGCCCAAAAGCAGAAGAAACCUACACCCGAUUGGGAUGAUCACCUCAAAAACCUCCAAGCGGACGCAGAACAAACGCGCUGCGACCUACCGCAUCACAUGCGUUGCCCGGCCAGCGACUGCGGGCACGAGUUCAAUGGACCGCAAGCCUGGGACGAGCGCAUGGAGCACGUCGCGCGUCACCUCGAGCGCGCGGCCGACGGCAAGGAGCCGGCGGUUCACUUUGGCAACGAAAACGAUCCGACUCUUACACAGUGGGCGUCGAGCCCUGAUGUUUACGUCGUCCGGAAGACCAAGGCCCCUGGCGGCUGGGAGCUCAUCAACCCACUCAAGGGUGAAGUUGGCCCCUCUUCAGGCAAUGGGAAAGGGGGUGGCAGUUGUGGUAAUGCCUCGUCUUACCGCAAGGAUAUUAUCGUUGCCGCCUGCUCUGACGAAGACGCCGAGGGAGAAGAUGAGGAGUGA